CCGCAGUUAACCCUUUUCCAUCCAACCGUUGCUUCGCAUUCCACAAAUCCCAUAAAUUUAUCAAUGUUUCGGUAAUAUCGGCCAUCUAUCAUCUCCUCACCGCAUCUCCCAUCUCUAACCCAACAAAUACUCUAACCCUAGGAACUACUGUCCAGCGAUUACAACUUCCCUUAGUCAUUCGGUUGCUGCUCAAAGAAGGAUGACAUUAGCAGGCCGUAAACCGAUGUCAUCCAUCGACGGUGAAAUCCAAGAACACACAUCACCGGAUAUAGCACCGCUUUAGGAAAAGCGUGGUGCAUCAAGUGUGAGAAUAGUUUUGCCAGGGCGGGCUAUGACGGCUUGUCGGCUUAUGAAUAAGAAAGAUCAAUUUGGGGAUAAUUGCACUAUAACCUACUACCUAUCUCGAUGCAUCCAUUUCAGGAGCUACGCUCUUCUCUUGCUGCCCAACCACUGCUUCCACUGGAAGAGUCCAAUAGGAAGAGAACUGAGAGACUUUUGCAGAUAGAGGGAGGAUUGAAGGAAGUAAUAUGGCUGCGAAAACAGGAAAUGAAUGGACUGCUUUAGCACAUAUAAUAACGGCAGUGAUAGGAUCAGGAGUUCUAUCAUUGGGAUGGAGCAUGUCACAACUGGGAUGGAUUGCCGGCCCAAUAGCCAUGCUUUGUUUUGCUUCUGUCACCCUCACUAGUGCUCUUCUUCUCUCCAGUUGUUAUAAAUCCACUGAUUCUGACCUCCACAUCAUCACCCAUGCCUCUUACCUCGAUGCUGUCCACUCCAUCUUAGGAAUUAGAAGUGCCUGGUUUUGUGGCAUCAUUGUCGGGAUAAAUUUCAUAAAGAUCGGAAUUGUGUAUACAAUCACCUCUGCUAUUAGUAUCAGAGCUAUUCAGAAAUCAAACUGCUAUCAUUAUGAAGGCCACAAUGCUACUUGUUGGUAUUCAAACACUAAAUAUAUGAUUAUAUUUGGAUCACUUCAAGGACUAGUGUCUCAAAUACCUGACUUCCAUAAUACAGAAUGGCUCUCCAUCGUUGCUGCAAUCAUGUCUUUCACAUAUUCAUUUAUCGGAUCAGGUCUUAGCUUAGCCAAAAUAAUAGGUAAUGGAGAAAUAAUGGGUGGCAUUGGAGGAUUGCCUGCUUCUAAUCCCAGUAAAAAAGUAUGGUUAGUUGCAGAAGCGCUUGGGAACAUUGCCUUUGCCUUCCCAUUCUCUGCCAUAUUUUUAGAGAUACAGCAUACGCUGAAGGCACCUUCAGAAAAGGCAACCAUGAAGAAGGCCUCAAUAAUGGCAGUCUGCACUACCACACUUUUCUACCUGAGCUGUGGUGGACUGGGUUAUGCAGCUUUUGGCAAUAGGACACCUGGGAACCUCUUAACAGGAUUUGGUUUUUACGAGCCCUAUUGGCUUGUCGACUUUGCUAAUGCCUGUGUUGCUCUUCACCUUGUUGGAGGAUAUCAGGUAUUAUUAUUGUACUAAGGUAAAGUAUGGAAAGACAUGAUAAAUGCAUGUUUAUUUACAUUAAGGUGUAGCCUGGUAAGGCGUUUUGAAGGGUAAUGUAAAAUAUGUAAUCUUUUUUUAAACCCUGUAGGUAAAUAUGUAAAAUAUGUAAUCAAAAGCGUGUGCUGUAAAUGUUACACUAGAGGUGUAUCUGACUACAUUGCAUUGCAUUUCAUUACUGCCGACCUAAAAGUAUACUACUAACUAACUAAUUCCAUACAUGUUAUUCUGCUCUACUACACAAACUUGUGACUGAUCUGGAUUUGAUAGGAAAGUUUAUAUGCACAGGUGUUCAGCCAGCCGUUGUACGCAAAUGUAGAAAGAUGGCUUAGGCAGAAAUAUCCAGAAUGUCAAUUUGUACAUAAGAACUAUAUUUUAAAUUUCCAACACUUCGGAGCUUUUCAGUUUAACUUUGCGAGAUUGGUUUUUCGGGUUGCUUAUGUUGCAAUUAUCACUGGGAUCGCCAUUCUGUUCCCGUACUUCAAUCAGGUUGUGGCAUUCGCGGGAUCAGUCAAUUUCUGGCCUAUAGUUGUUUACUUCCCAGUGGAGAUGUACCUCAAGCAGAAAAACAUUGAAUUUUGGACAACCCAGAAGAUCGUUCUACGUGCAUAUACAUACAUAUGCUUGGUAAUUGUCCUAUUUGCCUUUGUUGGUUCUGUCAGAGGAUUGAUCCUGGCAAGGUUCCGCUAGGACACUAUCAGCGAAUUUUAUGUGAUAUAUAUUCCCGGUUUGACUUGGCACGCUUAUUAAGAAAGUGGAAUAAAGUGAAAUGUAUGGUUGUGGUUGUGUAAGAAAAAGGUAAAAUGAAGGUGAGCCACACAAAUUGUCCAAAAUUGUAAAGUGGGAAGUAUUUUUGGGAACAACCCAAAAAGGAAAGUGGGAAGUAUUUUUGGGAACGGAGUGACCGAGGGAGUACAUUUUAUUGACCAAUAAAGGUCAAGUUUGUAAAUUUUUAAUGUAAAGUUUUGACUUGUAAUUUUUUUUUGAACGGAAAUCAAUCACCUAUAUUGAAUUAAUAAAAAGUUUUACUUGUAUUUAUGUACAAUAA